UCCACCAGAACCACGACAGUCAGCGCACGCCUUCCUACCUAAUCCAAGCACACGUCCACAUUCAUAAAAAUCCUCUGUAGAAAAACUGUUUAAAAAAAAACAAUAAUGAACAACGUUGAAUUAUAUCAGAAAUACAAUAGAGUACAAGCACACGAAGCCCUUCAAUUCCUUGAAGAAUAUACAAAAAAGCUCCACUGGAAAGACGGAGCCACUGUAAUGGAUAUAGGAAGUGGAGAUGGCAAAGUCACAGCAACCAUAUUGAAGAAUUACUUGCCUCCCGGCACCAGAGUGGUAGGCACCGACAUAAGUGAGAGGAUGGUUAAUUUCGCCAACAAAACCUACGCUUCAGAUGACAUUGAAUUUGAGGUACUCGAUAUUGAGGGUGAACUGCCCGCGCAAAUGCGAGGAAAAUUUCAACAAGUAUUUUCGUUUUUUGCUCUGCAGUGGCCUGAAAAAAUUGAUGUCGUAUAUUCAAAUAUUUAUAACAUGCUAGCCGAUGAAGGCGAGUGCGUGCUCAUGUUUCUCGGGCGAUUGUCAUUCUAUGACGCCUUAAGGAAUUUCUCCAGAAACAGUCGAUGGAGCCCUUGGAUGCAGGAUAUGGAAAAAUAUUUGUCACCUUACCAUGAUUGCCAGGAUCCGGAAAAAGAAAUAAAGCGCUUAAUGCACAAAAUUGGCUUCACCGACGUUGACGUAAAACACAAAUCGAAAUCAUUUCUUUUCGAUAGCGCAGAAGAGAAAAUGAAAACUUUAUCCGCAGUAAACGCAAUGAAUAUUCCUAAUGAGCUAUUUGAUGAAUACAUGGAAGAAGUUAUGCAGGAGAUUUGUCGUAUUGACAGAUUAAACCGAAACAUCGAUUGCUCCUUGGCAAUGAAAACUUUAUAUUUCAAUGUUAUUUAUAUUUAUGCUAAAAAGUAGAUAUCAUAUAAUUGUUUGUACAUUUUUAAAAUAAAUAAUG